UCUGAAAGGGGGAUAGCUGGGAAGGUCUGGCAACCCAGCGCAAGGUUUCAGCUGCAUCACGCAGAACUGGUCAUACAAACUCGUGUUGUAUCUACGCUUGUAUCAGGGAUCGUGAUCAGUCAUGGCUGAUGAGGGAUACGUAGUACGCAUCAGGGGUCUCCCUUGGUCCUGCUCAGUGGAUGAAGUACAGAGGUUUUUCUCAGAUUGCAAAGUCAUCAGCAAUGGAGGUGGCAUCCACUUCACCUACACAAGAGAGGGUCGUCCCAGCGGAGAGGCAUUUGUCGAGUUGGAGACAGAGGAAGACCUUAAAAUUGCAGUGAAGAAGGACAGAGAAACCAUGGGUCACAGAUAUGUAGAGGUUUUUAAAUCCAACAAUGUGGAGAUGGACUGGGUCAUGAAGCACACAGGUCCAAACUGUCCAGAAACAGCAGGAGACGGGCUCGUCCGGCUCCGAGGCCUUCCUUUUGGCUGCAGCAAGGAGGAGAUCGUUCAGUUUUUCUCAGGGUUGGAAAUCGUGCCAAAUGGGAUAACAUUGCCGGUGGACAUCCAGGGGAGGAGUACGGGGGAGGCCUUCGUGCAGUUUGCUUCACAGGAUAUAGCUGAAAAGGCUCUAAAGAAACACAAGGAAAGAAUAGGGCACAGGUACAUUGAGAUCUUCAAGAGUAGUCGCGCUGAGGUGCGGACACAUUAUGAACCCCAGCGAAAGCCCAUGGGCAUGCAGAGACCCGGCCCCUAUGACCGGCCCUCUGGUGGUCGCGGCUACAACAUGAUGGGCCGAGGGGGAUCCUAUGAAAGAAUGCGUCGCGGAGGCUAUGGAGGAGGAGGUGUAUCAGAUGGACGGUAUAGCGAUGGCGGCUCUUCCUUCCAGAGCACAACGGGCCACUGUGUCCACAUGAGGGGCCUGCCAUACAGAGCCUCAGAGACGGACAUCUACAAUUUCUUCUCGCCAUUGAAUCCAGUGCGGGUCCAUAUUGAGAUCGGCCCAGAUGGCAGGGUAACCGGGGAGGCAGAUGUAGAGUUUGCAACACACGAGGAUGCUGUGGCAGCCAUGUCCAAAGACAAAGCUAACAUGCAGCACCGGUAUGUGGAGCUGUUCUUGAACUCAACAGCAGGUGGCAGUAACGGAGCGUAUAGCAGCCAGAUGAUGGGUGGCAUGGGUAACCAGUCGUCCUACAGCGGUGGUCAGCUGAGCUCAGGGUACUCUGGUGGAUACAGCAGCCAGGGCAAUAUGGGCGGCUACAGUGACUACAUUAGGUAACCAGGGCGGGAUGGGAAGCAGUUACUACGGCAGCGGCGGUGGAGGAGGAAGCAGAGGCUCUAUGAAUGGACUGGGUGGGGGAUGGGGAAUGUAGACUAUUUUUCUUUCUUAUUUGGAUGUGUUUUUUUUAAACUCAGCAUUUUGCUGGAAAGACUGGAAACGCAAGUCUCACCUAGUAAACGUAGGGUAGGGUCAGGUGAGGGUAAAAAUGUUGAGGGGGGUAGGGUUUGUAUUUUUUUUAAGUAUAUGAUCUUCAGAGAGAAGUAAGAUCAUCUGGUGUCACAAUGAGUGUCAGAUGUGAUGUUUAUCUUCCCCAUUCCUCAGAUUUGACACGUGCUUUAAAUUUUCAUUAGCAGGAAGUGUGCUGUUUUUGUGUUAUUGUUCUUCAAAACCUGACUGUUCCCCAAGGUUUACUCAUCCUGUACUGGUGGCAUUUAACGUUAGUUUCAAUGUGAGUGCAUGAACAAAGAAGUCUGAACGUGGUUGGUAUCUUCUGAUGUUUAUAACUGUUUCACCUUCUACAUAGUGUUUAGUUUUUUUUAUUUCCAGUAAAAUGUUUGAAUGAAUCUAAGACUUCACGUGAUCAGAGCAUGUUGUGUUUUCUUAAAGUGUGACUGACUGUAAGGACUUUCUGUGGAUGAGGGCUAUGUCAAGGGCAAGUGAAUUUAAAAUCUGCUGACAUGAAGGUUUCUACUGCUUCAAAUGCUAUUUGUAUUUCCUGUGCACAAAGUGAAUAAACUAGUCUGGAAUAUCUAAUUGA